ACAAUUUAUUUUGGAGAAUUUAUCAAACAAUUGUUUUGUGUUUAACCGCACAGGUAAACCGUGUGCCAUUCGACUUUGUGAUAUUUUCUCUCUUUAGAUAAAACAUAUCAAGAUGUUUCCGAGUUAUUCGGGGUUUAUUUUGUUUAGGAACAUCCGUGUGUGUUGUCUUUUCUGGAUAUUUCCCUUCCUCUCACAAACCUGACUUUUUUUUUACCCUUAUCCCGUCCAAAUGCUGCCAUUUAAUGUGUUUCCAUGCCAUCUAAGAAAACUGGACCAAACUGUGUUUCACAAAAGGGAGAAAAAGCGGUGAACUGUUGCCGAGAGCUGCUCAAGUUCAUCCAACAGCGUGGAGCUGGAGGGGAAAACUGUGAUCAAGGUUUCCCUCCUGCCCUUCCAAUCACGUCCCCGUGAAGGUAUCAAACUUGGCCAUAUGGCGUAUGGAAGGUGUCAUUGGAGGCUGCGCACGCUUCUCUACUACCCUAGUUGCUAUCCAAACACAAAUAAACAGAGGAGGAACAUUGGAGUUAAUGAUAGAGGACGGGGGGUGGAGGCGUGUCGGAGGGGCGGGCUGUGCGCUCCGGAGCCCCGGAGCCCUGAAAAGUGAAGGAGCGGAGGCGCAUUACGCACACUCCGAGCGCUCGCUGCAGAGGAGGCUCCCACGCUGCAGCUGUCUCUCCUCCAAACUUUUCCUCGUCUCUUUUCCGCAACUUGUCACAACUCUGCACAGGCUCGAGGCAUCAGGGGUUGGUUGGCUGCAUGGCUAUGUGAAAAGUUUUCAUGGACUUGGAAACUGGAAAACUUUCAGCGGCGCUUUUAUUGGAGCUCGUCGCCUCUUUAGUUACUGUGGAUUACUGACAUACCGCAGGACCUUUGGCAGCUAUUUAUUGGGGGUCACUUACCUCUACAGAGGUCUGAGUCGAGAUGGGGAGCAAAGCCCUACACGCUCCGAUCCCCGUGCACCCGGCGCUGCAGCUCACCAACUACUCCUUCCUGCAGGCCGUCAACACUUUCCCAGCUGACCAGCUGCACGGACUGUACGGCCUCAGCGCAGUGCACACCAUGCACAUGAACCACUGGACUCUUGGUUACCCGCACAUUCAAGGACUGAGGUCGACGAUCACGGAGAUGGCAGCCGCCCAGGGGCUGGUCGACCCCCGGAUCCCUUUCCAGGCGAUCCCCUUCACAGCCGCGGCGCAGCUCUUCCAUCCGAAACAGGUGGCCGCUGCUCACGGCGUCCCCUCUCUGCACAAGGACAGGCCCAGGUUUGACUUCGCCAACCUGGCGCUCGCUGCCACGCAGGAGGACCCGCCGAAAGCUGCUGCGGAUCUGGCCAAGUUGGCGUCUGGACUAGGGGGAACCAUCUCCGAGCUGAGCAAGCUGUCCCCGGAAAGAAAACCCACCCGGGGCAGGCUCCCUUCCAAAACUAAAAAGGAAUUUAUUUGCAAGUUCUGCGGCAGGCAUUUCACCAAAUCCUACAACCUGCUCAUCCACGAGAGGACCCACACGGACGAGCGGCCUUACACCUGUGACAUUUGCCACAAAGCCUUCAGAAGACAGGACCAUCUCAGAGACCACAGAUACAUCCACUCCAAGGAAAAACCAUUCAAGUGUCAAGAAUGUGGGAAAGGGUUCUGUCAGUCUCGAACCCUAGCCGUCCAUAAAACCUUACACAUGCAGGAAUCUCCCCACAAAUGCCCCACAUGCGGACGAACCUUUAAUCAAAGAAGUAACCUGAAAACUCACCUUCUCACCCAUACAGACAUCAAGCCCUACAGCUGUGGCCGCUGCGGAAAGGUGUUUCGGCGCAACUGUGACCUGCGACGGCACAGUUUGACGCACAGCCCACACCAGGACUACUAAAAAAAAA